AUGUAACGGCAUUUUUUUGUUUAGGCUGGGAGCUUGUCAGCUGGUAGCUUUUAAAGACAGACAAAAAUGCGGUGAAGUUGUCUGUUGAGUUGCAGGUGGUAACAACCUUAUGUUCAUGCCAUAAAGGACUUUUUUUUUUUUUUUCGAGGAAGCUAAAAUUACCCGAUCUUAUAUUUAGAGUGCUGCGCGCGAGUUCACCAUGAAUAUGCACUUUGAAGGAUCCACUAGCGUCACUCUCUUGUUUGAUUUCUGGAAAGUGCAUGGGCCUGCAGGGAUGGUGUUGUCAGUCUUUGUGGUUCUGCUGCUCACUGUGUUCUACGAGCUUCUGAAAGUGUGGAAGAUCACACUGGAAAAACAGAAACAAUCCCACAUCACACAUCCUUCCAAUCCGGUGUCAUUCACGCCUGAUCAUUCCUGCUUCGCUCCUGUCAAGAGUUGUCAAGAUGGAAAUUCUGCUCUGGCCAGCAGUCGCUCAGAGAUCUCAUUAGCUCCCACUGAGAAUAUGGUUGACACUGCUGGCUCCACAAGCACCUCUAAGAGCUGGCUUUUUCACAGCCUCCAGACGGCCGUACACAUGCUGCAGGUGACACUGGGCUACAUGCUGAUGCUCUGCGUCAUGUCCUACAACGUUUGGAUCUUCCUGGGGGUCAUCCUGGGCUCCGUCUUGGGAUACUUCCUGGCUUUUCCUCUUCUGAAACGCAUCUGAGAUGAACAGAAGAUGGAAUGGAAAACGAGAUGCAACGGCCCUAAAUGCUCGUGGUCUCCAGUUCAACAGUAAUGAGGAACUGUUUUUAGAAACGAUGUCAAGCUUAUGAGCAUGAUCAGUGUAAUUAUUAAGCUGUGUAUCUCGUUCAGACAGGGAUGAUUUGUAUUUUUACCAUUUUUAAGACAAUAUUUUAAAGAUCAUUCUUGAUGCACGGAUCACAUGAUCUCCCAUUUAAACAGUUCGUUUCAGCACUGUACUAAAUGGUGAAGUUCCCUACUGACCGAUUAAGAUCAUUUCUGUUAAACUAAACAAUGUUUAAAUUAUACUGUGAGAUUUGCUUACAUUUAGUUAGUGGUUCUCUAACAUAUGGAGUAAUCACACCAGUAUUAAACCAUGUGACUGUUUGCCAUAAACCUCCUUUGUGAGUCAACAUCAUUCUUGUGUUAUAGUGGAAAUU